CCUUUAAGGCGGGGCUCGCAAGGGGGUGCCGAGGAAGUCCCGCGGCGCUCCGCAACGCCCUGCCCUCGCUGCGUAAGGGCUGCUCCCUAAGCUCGGGAGCGGCAAACAGUGCCACAGCCACGGCAGAUCCCGCGCAGGUAAGGGGCGCGUGACUACCCUGCUCUGCAGCCCCUGGGACGCAGCGUAGGACAGGAGUCACCGAAGUUGUUUUCAAUAGAGGCACACUCUUUUGAAGAGUGAAUUCUUUUGUUCUUCAUGCAACCAUGGAUCUGGAUAAACCAUCUGUCUGGGGCUCAUUAAAACAGCGGACCAGGCCAUUGCUAAUCAAUUUGAGCAAGAAGAAGGUAAAGAAGAACGCAAACAAGCCCUUAGACUUAAGGGCAAGCCACCAUUUGGACCGCAGGCUCAGUCUCUCUGUUCCUGACCUCCUAGAGGCUGAGGACUUGGUUCCAGAGGGUCGACCCUACUCAGGUCCCCAGUCGUCCUACACCUCGGUUCCCAGCAGCCUGUCCACUGCAGGGAUCAUUCCCAAAAGUAGUAGCAGCUCUUUGAAACAGUCUGAAGAAGAACUGGACUGGAGCCAGGAAGAAGCAAGCCAUCUCCAUGUGGUGGAAACAGACUCAGAGGAGGUUUACUCCUCUCCUGCUGAGGACCAUCGGGCCUCCAGCCAGGGCAUCUUUGAGUUCCAGAAACCUGCUCUUAGAGUGGAUGCACAAGAAGAGCCUGAGAAGUUACGUGGCAAUGGUGAUCUGAAUGCGUCUUUGACGUCUCAACAUUUUGAUGAACAAUCUACUCUCGAGGAGGCUGGCGAUGGCCUCAGUAACCUCCCCAGCCCUUUUGCAUACCUCCUCACCAUACACCUGAAGGAAGGACGCAACCUGGUUGUCCGAGAUCGAUGUGGCACAAGUGAUCCAUAUGUGAAAUUUAAGCUGAAUGGGAAGACGCUGUACAAAAGCAAGGUCAUAUAUAAGAACUUAAACCCAAUUUGGGAUGAGAUAGUUGUGUUGCCAAUACAAAGCCUUGAUCAAAAGCUGCGGGUGAAGGUGUAUGAUCGAGAUUUAACCACAUCUGAUUUCAUGGGUUCUGCAUUUAUCAUUCUCAGUGAUCUUGAACUUAACAGAACAACUGAGCAUAUUUUAAAAUUGGAAGAUCCAAACAGUUUAGAAGAUGACAUGGGAGUGAUUGUGUUGAAUUUGAACCUAGUAGUAAAACAGGGUGAUUUCAAGAGACACCGAUGGUCAAAUCGGAAGUACCUGAGUGCCAGCAAGUCCUCUUUGAUACGCAGUCUGCGGCUCUCAGAGUCCUUAAGAAAGAACCAACUCUGGAAUGGAAUUAUAAGUAUAACUUUGUUAGAAGGGAAGAACGUCUCAGGAGGAAACAUGACCGAAAUGUUUGUUCAGUUAAAACUGGGAGAUCAGAGGUAUAAAAGCAAGACACUGUGUAAGAGUGCAAAUCCGCAGUGGCAGGAACAGUUUGACUUUCACUACUUCUCUGACAGGAUGGGCAUUUUGGACAUUGAAGUGUGGGGAAGAGACAGCAAAAAGCACGAAGAGCGACUGGGCACGUGUAAAGUGGAUAUCGCAGCACUCCCGCUGAAGCAAGCCAACUGCUUGGAGCUGCCGCUGGAGAGCUGCCUGGGGGCUCUCCUUAUGUUGAUCACACUUACACCCUGUGCGGGAGUUUCCAUCUCAGAUCUGUGUGUCUGCCCCUUUGAGGACCCCAGCGAAAGAAAGCAGAUUUCCCAACGAUAUUGCUUACAGAACUCUCUGAAAGAUAUAAAGGAUGUUGGCAUUUUACAAGUGAAGGUUUUGAAGGCAGUAGAUCUCCUAGCUGCAGAUUUCUCAGGAAAGAGUGAUCCUUUUUGCUUGUUGGAAGUAGGCAAUGACCGGCUUCAGACACAUACCAUUUACAAAAACCUCAACCCGGAGUGGAACAAAGUUUUUACAUUUCCCAUUAAAGACAUCCAUGAUGUUUUGGAAGUGACAGUGUUUGAUGAAGAUGGAGAUAAACCCCCUGAUUUUCUUGGAAAAGUUGCCAUUCCCUUGCUGUCUAUUAAAGACGGGCAACCAAAUUGUUAUGUACUGAAGAAUAAAGACUUAGAACAAGCUUUUAAAGGAGUUAUUUACUUAGAGAUGGACCUCAUAUAUAAUCCGGUCAAGGCAAGUAUUAGGACCUUUACUCCCAGAGAAAAGCGCUUUGUUGAAGAUAGCCGGAAGCUGUCCAAAAAGAUCUUAUCAAGAGAUGUGGACCGUGUGAAAAGACUCACUAUGGCAGUAUGGAAUACAAUUCAGUUCCUUAAGAGCUGCUUCCAGUGGGAGUCCACGUUAAGAAGUACCAUAGCAUUUGUGGUAUUUUUGGUCACAGUCUGGAAUUUUGAACUGUACAUGAUCCCCCUGGCAUUAUUGUUGCUCUUUGUCUACAAUUUCAUCGGACCCAUGAAAGGCAAAAUGAGCUGCAUGCACGACAGCCAGGAGAGCACAGACGUGGAGGAGGAGGAAGAGGAGGAAGAGAGGGAAUCUGAGAGAAAGGGGUUAAUUGAGAGAAUCUACAUGGUACAAGAUAUCGUUUCCACUGUUCAAAACAUCUUGGAGGAAAUAGCUUCUUUUGGAGAAAGAAUUAAAAACACGUUUAACUGGACGGUCCCGUUCCUUUCAUUCCUGGCCUGUUUGAUUCUGGCCGUGGCCACCAUCACUUUGUACUUCAUUCCACUGCGCUACAUCAUUUUAAUCUGGGGCAUAAAUAAAUUUACCAAGAAGCUCCGAAAUCCCUUUGCCAUCGACAAUAAUGAGCUACUAGACUUCCUCUCCAGGGUUCCUUCCGACGUUCAAAAGGUGCAGUAUGCGGAAUUGAAACUCUGUGGCAGUGGCAGCCCCCUUCGGAAGAAGCGCAGCGCUCUCUAAGAUGCACACAGACUUUUGACUCUAGCCUCCUAUAUUGUGCACUCGGUCAGACCAAUGUCACGGCUAUUUCAGUGGUCCUCUGGGACCUGAAGUGUGUGCCAGGUGGAGACCAUGAUAUAUGCUCUUCUCUUCUUUAUGUGCACAGAUGCCGACACUCCUGUGCCCACCCCUCCACACGGGGUGUUCUAUCAUUUGCAUAGAUGUCCAUCCCAGCAAAAGAAACCAGUUCUGAGAUUAUGAAAGACACAUCCAUUCUGAAAUAGGAGUUGAAGCAAGGCUCCCAUGGAUCUGAAGUCCCUCCUUAAGACCAACCAAGAGACCACUUGGGUUUGAGAGUGACAAACUGAUUUUCACACCUUCAACAGAUUCUGAGAUUCAGUUACUUCUACUUCCCACCCCCACCCUCCUUUCAGAUUGUCAUUCAUGCAAGUUUCAUCUGAAUUAAGUCUAUGGUAGCUAUCUAUUCAAAUAAUGUAUAUUACAAAAAGAUUUUAUAAUAAUUAACAUAGUUACACCCAAAUCUUUAGCAGUCACUACCAUGAACAUAUAUGUAAAUUUUUGGAACCCCUUGGUGCUGGAUACCAGCCUACAUUAUGGUCCAUUGCUGGCAAUGGAUGCCCCAGGAGGUCCCAAGGGACCACUCUUUGGAAGAAUUAGGGUUUUCUGAAAGUAUUUGGCUGCCUUAAAAAGCCAUUUCUUCUCACUUUAUUUAUUUCCAAAUAAAAUGUCAAUAGCUGGCUUCUGAAAGGCGGGGUUUAGGUGAUGAAUAAAUGAAUUCUGAGUAUUUAGAAAGAUAAAGGUAUGAAGAGAAAAACUAAUAAAUCAGGGUGUUCCCUAAAUAUAAUCAUUUCAUUUCCUCCAAUGUUUUGGACAGAAAGUUAGAGUAUUUUGAUGGUCCAAAUUUAUUUUUGGUUCCCCUUCUGGUAAAAGUAAGCCAUCGGCCAUGAAAAUUUUAGAACCCUGUUCCUAGAAUGUAGCACCCCAAAUUCCUCUUUUGCUGGCAUUUGAUUCCUGUAUACCCCACAAUUCCUCAGUAAUCCCCUGAAAAAUCUUGAUUUUGUGCAUAUAUAAAAUAUAUGCAAAUCUUUCUGUUCAAAUAAUAUUUAAAGUUUAAAGAAUGUAUUUUAUUGACACAUACUUUGUAUGUGCAAUUUUAUAUAUGUAUAUGUAUUGUAAAGUUGAGGUAAAAAGACCUAAUUUAAUAGUGA